GGUGGCUGCUGCAGCAUGGGCUGGCUCAGGGGGAUUGCCUUGCUUUCCUUGGGAGUAUUACUAGCAGGAAGAGUCAACUGCCAGCAUGUGAAGAAUAAUGUGCCAAGGCUCAAAUUGUCGUAUAAAGAAAUGUUGGAAUCCAACAAUGUAAUCAAUUUCAAUGGACUAGCUAAUAGCUCCAGUUACCACACUUUCCUCUUGGACGAAGAACGCGGCCGGCUGUAUGUUGGAGCAAAGGAUCACAUAUUUUCUUUCAACCUGGUUAACAUCAAGGAAUAUCAAAAGAUUGUUUGGCCCGUAUCGCAUUCCCGAAGGGAUGAGUGCAAGUGGGCUGGAAAAGAUAUUGUGAGAGAAUGUGCUAAUUUCAUCAAGGUCCUUAAGGCUUACAACCAAACCCACCUGUAUGCUUGUGGAACAGGGGCUUUUCAUCCAGUCUGCACCUAUAUUGAAGUGGGAAGCCAUCCUGAGGACAACAUUUUUAGAAUGGAAGAGUCACAUUUUGAAAAUGGGCGGGGGAAAAGCCCUUAUGAUCCCAAACUGCUGACAGCUUCACUUUUAGUAGAUGGAGAACUGUACUCUGGCACAGCAGCAGACUUCAUGGGCAGGGACUUUGCCAUUUUCCGAACUCUGGGGCAUCACCAUCCCAUCAGAACAGAGCAGCACGACUCCCGGUGGCUAAAUGAUCCCAGAUUUGUCAGUGCUCACCUGAUACCAGAGAGUGACAAUCCAGAAGAUGACAAGAUCUACUUCUUCUUCCGUGAAAAUGCAAUUGAUGGAGAGCACACUGGAAAAGCCACCCAUGCCAGAAUAGGGCAGAUCUGCAAGAAUGACUUUGGUGGACACAGGAGCCUUGUUAACAAAUGGACAACUUUCCUCAAAGCACGUCUGAUCUGUUCUGUGCCAGGACCCAAUGGCAUUGACACACACUUUGAUGAACUACAGGACGUGUUCCUAAUGAACUCUAAAGACCCUAAAAAUCCAAUAGUCUAUGGAGUGUUUACAACUUCCAGUAAUAUCUUCAAGGGAUCAGCAGUGUGUAUGUACAGCAUGACUGAUGUCAGGAGGGUGUUCCUUGGUCCCUAUGCCCACCGGGAUGGCCCCAACUACCAGUGGGUUCCCUACCAAGGGCGAGUGCCGUACCCACGGCCAGGAACUUGUCCCAGUAAAACAUUUGGAGGUUUUGAUUCCACCAAGGACCUUCCUGAUGAAGUUAUCACAUUUGCCAGAAGCCAUCCUGCCAUGUACAACCCAGUAUUCCCCAUCAACAACCGUCCCAUCAUGAUCAAAACAGACGUGGAUUACCAGUUCACACAGAUCGUGGUGGAUCGGGUAGAUGCAGAAGAUGGCCAGUAUGAUGUGAUGUUCAUUGGCACAGAUAUUGGAACGGUUCUUAAAGUGGUUUCAAUUCCUAAGGAGACUUGGCACGAAUUAGAGGAAGUCUUGCUGGAAGAAAUGACAGUCUUUCGGGAGCCCACGGUUAUUUCAGCAAUGAAGAUUUCCACAAAGCAGCAACAGCUCUACAUUGGCUCAGCCACUGGAGUUUCACAGCUUCCUUUACACCGCUGUGAUGUGUAUGGAAAAGCUUGUGCUGAGUGUUGCCUUGCAAGGGACCCUUACUGUGCCUGGGAUGGCUCCUCCUGCUCACGUUACUUCCCCACUGCCAAGAGGCGCACCAGACGACAAGACAUCCGAAACGGGGACCCGCUCACCCACUGCUCAGACCUGCAGCAUCACAAUAACCCAAGUGGUCAGGCCCUGGAGGAAAAGAUUAUCUAUGGAGUAGAGAACAGCAGCACUUUCCUUGAGUGCAGUCCGAAAUCUCAGCGUGCUGUAGUCUAUUGGCAAUUCCAGAAGCAAAAUGAUGAUCGCAAAGAAGAGAUAAAAGUGGGUGACCACAUGAUCCGGACAGAACAGGGCCUGUUGCUACGAAGCCUUCACCGGAGGGACUCUGGGGUUUAUUUCUGCCAUGCUGUGGAGCAUGGCUUCAUGCAGACCCUGCUCAAGGUGACCCUUGAGGUGAUCGAUAACGACCACCUGGAAGAGCUGCUUCACAAGGAAGAAGAUGGUGAUGGCUCCAAGAUCAAGGAUGCCACCAACAGCAUGACCCCCAGCCAAAAGAUCUGGUACAGAGACUUCAUGCAGCUGAUCAACCACCCCAAUCUCAACUCCAUGGAUGAGUUCUGUGAGCAGGUUUGGAAAAGAGACCGCAAACAGCGCCGGCAGCGGCCUGCCAACGCGCAGGUGAACACAAAUAAGUGGAAGCACCUACAAGAGAAUAAAAAAGGUAGAAACAGGAGGACCCAUGAAUUUGAGAGGGCACCACGUAGUGUCUGAGCUACAUUACCUCUAGGAACCUCAUCCAAGUAGAAACUUGUAUAGACAGAUAACUGGAAAAAAAUGCAAUAUUCAUGA